CCUUUUUCCUCCAUCUGUUUCUGCUCUGUUCUUCUUAACAAAACACGUCCUCCCUUCUGUUGUCCAGAGGCAAAGACAUUAUUCACAAGGCAUGGAUGAUAAGGGACUGCUCGCCUUCUGAUGGGAUUCUUUGGCUGAAUGUUGACUCUUAAUCUGAGCUGGAGGUUUGUGGAGGGAAUCUCUUGUAUCGCUUCUAGGCAACUGGGAAUUCCUCAAGGUGGGAAUUAGGAUUUGCUUGCUGGCAUCCUGUCAAAUUCAUGGUAUUUUCCAGAAAGCCUUGGACAUUUACUAUGUUAUGAGAGCUUAAGCUGCUUGAUAAUGGGAAACAGGUGGACAUUUAAGGUUUAAACACUGCACUGCAUGUUGGCAAGGUUGUCGUACUUCUCGGCAGAGAUCCAACAAAAGCAGCCAAGAUCUGGAUAAUUUGCACCUCAGUCAAGACAUCGAUCAGGUGCAGCCUCACGGUGGGCUUUUUUCAUACUGGCUACAACGAGAAUUUUUAUCUGACAACUGGCAGGAUCUCUUUCUCGCUGAUAGGGGUGGGGGAGUGGGGUUUGAUCGUUUUCUGGACUGGAGGAGAAGAUGCCAGCCAUUCUGGUGGCCUCAAAGAUGAAGUCAGGACUCCCCAAACCCAAACCAGUUCACAGUGCCCUUCCCAUCCCCCAGGCCCCAACCAGACCAUCAGCUUUACCUCUGUCUUCUGUGCCUCUCAAGAGCCAUUUCCCUUCAGUGAGCCAGCAGGUGUCCUCAAGACCCCCAAGAAAUGCUCCGGAGUCCGAGGCAGCUGGAAAUCCUCAGAUCUACACGGACUGGGCCAACCACUACCUUGCCAAGUCAGGACACAAGCGUCUCAUCAAGGACCUCCAAACGGAUGUGACGGAUGGUGUUCUGCUGGCUGAGAUCAUACAGGUUGUUGCCAAUGAGAAGAUUGAUGAUAUCAAUGGUUGUCCCAAGAGCCGUUCUCAGAUGAUUGAGAACAUAGAUGCUUGCCUGAGUUUCCUGGCAGCUAAAGGAGUCAACAUCCAGGGUCUGUCUGCAGAAGAGAUCCGGAAUGGGAAUCUGAAGGCAAUCCUUGGCCUGUUCUUCAGCUUAUCCCGUUACAAACAGCAGCAACAGCAGGCUCACCGACAAAACUCCCAGCCCGGCUUCACACCAACGGCACAAACCCAAAACACGCAUUCUUUGCUGAGCCAGCAGAGCAGCGCUCCGGCACAGCUCAGCCACUCUCCGCAUGGGACUCCCGCCCUCACAGCACAGAAAGCAGCACAGGCCGAUAUGCAGUCCAGGGAUGCUUGUCAGAGUAAACUUCUCAAGUUUUCCAUUGGUCAGAAAAAGAGUUCUAGACUUCCUGGCCCAUCAGCAAGGAUGUCCACUGCUGGCAGUGACAUCCCUCCCAGAGGCUCGGUCAGCGCUGCUGGGAACAGGCGAAGCCAGGGCUGCAGUGACAAGGCCAAAGCAAGUUUACAUCUGAACAAAGAUUCCCUGGAGGGCAUGACCUCACAGCCUCCUGUGAUGAGUGAGCAUGCUCCUUCAUCUGCGGUGACCGUCGGCUCCUCCACCAGCACCCUAUCUGCUGCCUCCCACCUCGUUCCUCCCUCUUCAUCAUCCUCCCCUUCCACUGCCAUUCCCCAACCCAACAGCAGCAGCAAGCCCUGGAGGAGCAAGUCAACGAGCUCAAAGCACACCAUCACCCAAUCUCUGUCAUCCACUAGCAACCCAGCAUCUGCAAUGCAGUCCAAUAAGCAAGAGAAGGACACAUCCUCCAAGGCUGUUGCAACAGCUGAGCCUCCUCCCAAAGCUGCUGCUCAGAAGUCGAUGCUUGAGAAACUUAAGCUUUUUAACAGCAAAGGAGGAUCUAAAGCUUCUUCUGCUAAUACAGCAGGGCCCCAAUCGGACAGUGCUGCCCCAGUUAGGCAGCCUGGAGCAAUGCAUGUAGAGAGAUCUGAAACUGGCUCAAACACAGACCCUCUAGAAGAGGAAGAUGGUAACCUCCGACCAGGAAUGAAUGGAACCAGCAAUGGGACAACAACCCCCAUCACAAUUUCCACAACCGCCAGCAGCCCCAAAAUUGCUCUAAGGGGCAUUGCCCAACGCACUUUUAGCAGAGCUUUGACUGCCAAGAAGGGUUCUGUAAAAGGACCUGAAAAGGACAAGGACAAAGGAAAGGAAAAAGAUAAAGGGAAGGACCUGGGGAAACGCACCCCAGAUAGAACAGAGCUAAGGGGGGAGGAGCCUAGGGAGGAAGCAGCACCAGUUCCUACAGAUGUGGAUGGGUCAAACAAAAAGACUUCCAAAAUUGCUAGUUUCAUUCCCAAGGGGGGAAAAGUAGCCAAAAAAGAAAGUUCCACCCCAGCACAUAGCGGAAUACCAAAGCCAGGAGGCAAAGCCCAGGGAGCUGGGGGUAAAGCUUCCUCAGUGAAGGAGGCGGGGGAGAGACCUAGGAGCAUGCGGUUAGGAGGAAGUGGGCUCGUCAUGCACCGCGGACCCUUGGAGAGAGACAGGGACAGCAGGCACUCCAGCUCUACCUCCAGCUUGGCCUCCACAGAAGGAAAGCCCAGCGUCGCCCCUGUGGCGGGUUUAGGAACUACACAGAGCACAGCCAGCAACACUGUCAGCGUGCAGCUACCUCAGACGCAACAACUGCACAGCCACCCAAACACAGCUACUGUUGCACCUUUCAUGUACAGAACCCAAACAGAAGGCGAUGGAACGGUGAACUCAGAGAGCGGUUCAGUGGGAAGAGGGGGCGACGUCUGCUGCACAAAGACCAGCCAGACCUCCAUCGAUGACCUUUCAGGUGAGGACCCAGAGACAAGACGGCUGCGUACUGUGAAAAACAUUGCAGACUUACGGCAGAACUUGGAGGAGACCAUGUCCAGCCUGCGGGGCACACAGGUCACUCACAGCACUCUAGAAACAACCUUUGAUGGCAGCGUUACCACAGACAUCAGUAGCGGCGGAGGUGGUUCCUGCAGCAACAACAGCAGUGGUCGGAGCAUCCUCAGCAUUACUUCUGCCCGCUCCUCGCUGUCACCAUGGCGACUUGGACAGUCCAGCCCACGUCUUCAGGCAGGUGACGCCCCUUCUGUAGGAAACGGUUACGGCGGCCGGGUGGCCGGCGGAGCGCAGGCAGGGCGCUACCUGUAUCCUGGGCACCUGCGCAGACAGCUGGCCGGCAGGGGAGGAGCUCUCUGCAGCGUGGACCUCGCAGACAGAACUGGAGAGGAACUCGAGUUGGAAGGCACCGCUGUGGAGGUCACCGGAUACAUGAGUGAUGGAGAUGUGCUGAGCAAGAAUGUUGUGCGCACUGAUGACGUCACCAGUGGCUACAUGACUGAUGGAGGUUUGGGUCUGUACACUCGCCGCCUGAACCGACUGCCUGACAGCAUGGCUGCCGUUCGAGAGACGCUCCAUCGGAAUACCUCGUCAGGACAGGGAGAUGCUGAUAGCUGGGAUGACAGCAGCUCAGUAAGCAGUGGCAUCAGUGACAACAUUGACACAGAUGACAUCAACACCAGUUCCUCCAUCUCCUCCUAUGCCAACACACCUGCAGCACAGCGCAAAGGCCUCAACACACAGCCUGUGACGGAUGCAGAGAAGCACUCUGCCUCCACAGCAGUCCACCAAGUUUGGGCAGGAGACGAGGGGAAGAGACCCGAGGGGGGGCCAGAUACGGGGGUCAGGAUGGACACGGGUUCCAAGUGGAGUCGAAGAAACUGUGACGUCUCUGAUGAGUCUGACAAGGGCUGCUCAGGAAGAAAGACGCCCUCUGUGUCCAACACUGGUUCCUGGAGACGAGGCAUGACCGCUCAGGUGGGGGUAACGUCACCCCGGACAAAAAGCACCAGCAGCACAGGCUCCACAGCUUCAGCCAGCCUGAAAAACCAUAGCUCAGCAAAAACUGAUGAUGUAAAGGUGUCAGAGAAAGGACGACUCUCCCCUCGCUCUAAUGGCCUCCAGCGCUCGCCCUCAGAUGCAGGACGCAGCAGUGGCGACGAGGCCAAAAAGCAUUCGGUUCCCACCAGCCGCACAACGACUUCGAACCCUCUCACUCACACCAUCUCAGACCCGCAAUCCCACACGCACAUGCUGUCAACCCGCACCCCCACCAGCACCUUCGGGUUCAAGAAGCAAGGUACCGGCAUGGUAACCAUGGUUACAGCAAGCGGUGCCACCAUCACCAGUGGGUCAGCCACUUUGGGGAAGAUGCCUAAAUCCGGGGCACGCUCUUUGUCAGGUGGCUUAAAAUCCGGUGGCCCGGAUGGAGGCUCAGCAUUGAGUCACCAUGACGACGGGUUCCUCCCAAUGAGUGCCCGCUCAACCCUGCAGUACCGCAGCCUGCCUAGACCCAGUCGUUCGGGAGCAGCCGCCCGAAAUGGCAAUCGGUCGUCCACUAGCAGCAUCGAGGCAGCCGUGCUCUCUGUUACCUCUCACGGGAAGAACUCUUUUAGCAUUAGCAAGCCCAACAGCUCAAUGGGCCUGCUGGCCAAUCAGACAGACCGGGAGAAGGGCGUCUCUGAUGUCGACAACCUGAGAAGCGGAGGUGGGAUGCAGAGCGGAGGAGGAGCAGUGACGGGAAGACAGCAGGUUUCCUCACCUACACUGCGAAGGUUAUUUGGUGGUAAGGCCAGUAAACAAGCCCCAGUCACCACUGCUGAAAACCUGAAGAAUUCCACCGUCAUCUCCAAUCCCCAUGCCACCAUGAACCAUGUUCCUACAGUGCUAGAGUCCCCUGAUGGAGUGCUGGGAGGUGGGGACAGUGAGUCAGGUAGCCCCCUGUGCGGAGGCAGAGCUCUGGGUUCAGGAACAGGGACUCUGGGCAGCGAGCAGGCCUCCAGCCCAGGAUCAAUUUAUUCCUCCACUGGUCCCUCAAACAGCUUGACAUGGGGAACCACCUUCAGUGGCUCCUCUGUCCCGAGCAGGGAGGGCACUCUGGGUGGACAUGGUUGCGCAGGCAGUGUGGGCUUUCCCUCCGUCAGCAGCAUGCACACCAGCAGUGAGUCCAUUGACAUGAGUCUUAGCAGUGCCGGAGGAGGUGGCGGAGGACAGGGGACCCACAGGGAGGACACACUGUCUGCUCUGGGUCGGACCGGGAGCGUCAAGACCGGCAUGUCAGAGAGUCCCCUCUCCUCGCCCUCCGCUAGCCCUAUAUUCAGCAGAAACACGCUACCUCGGAGGCAGGACAGAGGGCCACAUUGUGGUAGAAACACUCUGCCUAAGAAGGGAUUCAGGUACGGUCCGUCACAGCAGCUGCGAGGUCAUGAGGAUCGUGAUUGGCUGCGCUCCCAUUCCACCAGCGGGCUUCAGGACUCUGCCAGCAAUUCCCCCUUCUCCCCCGGCUCCAGCCUAACCUCUCCCUCUGGUACUCGCUUCAACUUUGGACAGCUGGCAACCAGUCCAACCUCUGCAGGUCAGAUCAACCUCGCCAGUCUGCGCAACAACAGCCUGACAAAUCAGGAUACUCCUUUUGAUCCCUGCAGCGACAAUCGGCUGAGAAACUCCUGCAUGUCGCUGGAUGAGAAAACCCGCACAAUGAGCCGAUCGGGAUCAUUCAGGGAUGGCUUUGAAGAAGUUCAUGGAUCCUCUCUGUCUUUGGUAUCCAGCACCUCCUCUAUGUACUCUACGAACGAGGAGAAGUCUCAGUCAGAGAUCCGGAAGCUACGGCGGGAGCUGGAUGCCUCCCAGGAAAAGGUUUCCGCCCUCACAACACAGCUGAGUGCAAAUGCUCACCUGGUGGCAGCGUUUGAACAGAGUCUGGGCAACAUGACCAUCAGACUGAAGAGUCUAACUCUGACUGCAGAACAGAAGGACUCUGAGCUGAAUGAGCUGAGGAAAACUAUUGAGCUUCUUAAGAAGCAGAAUGCUGUCGCUCAGGCUGCAAUUAAUGGAGUCAUCAACACACCUGAACUUGUACCUAAAGGAGAACGGACAGCUGCCAAUAACGGCACUCAGCAGCAGCAGCAGCAGCCGGAUCUGCGCAUAAGACGGCAGCACUCCUCUGACAGCGUCAGCAGCGUCGCCAGCGCCACCAGCCACUCCAGUGUGGGCUCCAACAUGGAUGCAGAUGCAAAGAACAAGAAGAAGAACAAAAAAAACUGGGUCUAUGAGCUGCGAAGCUCCUUUAAACAAGCAUUCACCAAGAAGAAAUCUCCCAAAUCCGCCUCGUCUCAUUCUGAUAUUGAGGAGAUGAUGGACUCAUCCUUGCCAUCCUCCCCCAAACUGCCUCACAACGGGACUUCAGGCCCCAGCCACAUCCUCAGGAACACCCACUCCAACACACUAUUGUCAGAGUGUUUGGACAGCGAGGCAGAGACGGUGAUGCAGCUGCGGAGUGAACUCAGGGAAAAGGAGAUGAAGCUGACAGAUAUCCGCCUGGAGGCUCUUAGUUCUGCACAUCAGCUGGACCAGCUUCGGGAGGCCAUGAACCGUAUGCAGUUGGAGAUUGAAAAGCUGAAGGCGGAAAACGAUCGUCUGAAGCUAGAGAGUCAGGGGAGCAGAACAGGAUCCCAGGUGUCCAUCUCAUCCUCCCCUCCCCCUCACACACAAAGUCAGACCCCAGGACCCGGUCCAGGACUAUCACAGCACAGCCUUAACCUUACCACCAGCGAGUCUACCAGCCUGGAUAUGCUGCUGGAUGACACAGGCGGAGAUGGUGGGAUGAGGAAAGAGGGUCGACAUGUAAAGAUUGUCGUCAGCCUGGAUGAAGAAAUCAAGUGGGGGGAGGAGAGUCAAUCUCGCCACUUUCUGAUUGGUUGCAUUGGUGUGAGCGGCAAAACGAAGUGGGACGUCUUGGAUGGGGUGGUCCGGCGCCUCUUUAAGGAGUACAUUACGCAUGUAGACCCAGUGCACCAGCUUGGUCUAAGCACAGAGAGCGUGCAGGGAUACAACAUCGGCGAAAUCCAUCGGCCCAGUAGUUCCAGCUCAGCCACCACGCCCGAGCUGCUGCCCUGUGGCUAUCUAGUGGGAGACAACACCAUCAACAUUCAGCUCAAAGGUGCAAGCAGUGAAAAUGUGGAUUCAUUCGUGUUUGAGACGUUGAUCCCAAAGCCGAUGCUGCAGCGCUACGUGUCCCUGCUGAGGGAGCACAGACGGGUCAUCCUGUCAGGGCCCAGCGGCACGGGGAAAACGUACCUGGCAAGCCAGCUCGCUCGGUAUCUUCUGCUGCUAGAGGGCCGACCUUUGACCCCGGGCGCUGUCGUCACUUUCAAUGUGGACCACAAGUCCAGCAAGGAGCUUCGUCAGUACCUGUCAGGAUUGGCACAGCAAUGCAGCAGUGUCUCUGGGGAAGAGAGCCCCCUGGUGGUCAUUCUGGACAACCUCCACCAUGUCAGCUCUUUGGGAGAGAUCUUUAACGGCCUCUUCAACUGCAACUACCAGCACUGUCCUUACAUUAUUGGCACCAUGAGCCAAGCCACCUCAUCCGCUCCCAACCUGCAGCUUCACCACAAUUUCAGGUGGAUACUGUGUGCCAACCACACUGAACCAGUGAAAGGAUUUCUAGGUCGAUACCUGAGGAGGAAACUGAUAGAGGUUGAGAUCGGCAGCCGAACCCGUAAUGCAGAGCUGGUAAAGAUCAUGGACUGGGUCCCACGGGUUUGGCACCACCUGAAUCGCUUCCUGGAGACCCACAGCUCCUCUGACGUCACAAUCGGACCUCGCCUCUUUUUGUCAUGCCCCAUGGAUGUGGAGGGAUCCAGGGUUUGGUUUACCGAUCUCUGGAAUUAUUCCAUCAUCCCCUACAUGCUGGAGGCAGUACGUGAAGGACUGCAGCUUUAUGGACGCAGGGCUGCAUGGGAGGACCCAGCGGCUUGGGUGAUCGACACAUAUCCUUGGUCAUCAACUCCACCUCCGGGUGACUGGCCCCCGCUGCUGCAGCUCCGUCCCGAGGACGUGGGCUUUGAUGGCUACUCCGCACCAAGAGAAGGUGUUAGGAAAGAACCGCCACAGAGUGACAGUGACGCAGAUCCACUGAUGAAUAUGUUGAUGCGCCUGAAGGAAGCGGCCACAUCGUCGAGCCCGCAGAGCUACGACAGUGACUCCAACAGCAACAGUCACCAGGACGACAUCCUCGACUCAUCACUGGAGUCGACUUUAUGACAUCCGCAAAACACAACAGUUUGAACGUUUAGAAUCUGUUCUCGUUGUGAGAACUCUCCAAGUUAAGGUCAUGGCACGAAAUGCAGCCUCAUUCGUUUGGGUGCAGGUAACCCAAGAGUUUGAGAGAGUUAACUGCCUUUUGGUAAAAAAGAGAAGUUUCUCCAGCACUGCCAUGAUUUCUUUUUCUUCACCGCUGUGGCCCUUGGUUCCUUCGUCAGGAGUCCAAAAUCUGCUUCAGCAGAAAGUAGAAGCACACAGCCUGUCCCUGUUGGUGAGGCAUUGCUAUUAUCUUUAUCAUCAUCAUCAUCGUUCAACUGUUCACUUUAACACCAGCCAGUGCUCCACAAUCUCCACCAUGCUGCAAUGCACCUAACCUGCCUGCAGACGGCGCUUCAAAUCAAGUUUUCUUGUUUCUGAACCACAGGUCAGUGCAACCUCUGCAGCUCAAGUAGCCUCAGUACAUGAUGUUGGAAAAGAAAACAGCCAAAGUGAACAUCAGUUCAGCAGGAACCUAAUUUAAUUUUAAAAUGUAUUUAUUGUGUCACUAAAAGUUUAGAAAUAAAAAAUAUCACAGACAACAUUCUCCUGUCAGUAUCCAAAGUUUAGAUCGUUUUAAUCCUGCACAUGCAGAUAAAAAAAAAAUU